AUGUCUCCGUCCAUGUCGUCCUCGCGGGAGAAGGAGUCGAACACUGCUCGUCUCCUCGGAUCCGGCUCCGCCGGUAUUGCUGAGCUCAUGCUCUUCCACCCUCUGAACGCCGUCAUCUUCAAGGACAAGGCCACCGCGGGCGUCGGCACCAAGUUCUUCUCUCUCUUCCCCGGCCUCGGCUACGCGGCGGGUUACAAGGUCCUCCAAAGGAUAUACAAGUACGGCGGUCAGCCCGUCGCCCGAGACUUCCUCGGUGCCCACUACGGAAAGGAUUUCGAGCAGGCGUUUGGCAAGAAGACUGGCAAGGCCAUUAUGCACUCCACGGCGGGAAGCUUGAUUGGUAUCGGUGAAAUCGUUCUCCUCCCUCUCGAUGUUCUCAAGAUCAAGCGCCAGACAAACCCCGAGGCCUUCAGGGGACGUGGUGUCCUCCGGAUUAUCAAGGACGAGGGCUUCGGCCUUUACCGUGGCUGGGGCUGGACUGCUGCCCGUAACGCGCCCGGAUCUUUCGCUCUCUUCGGUGGCUCUGCCUUCACCAAGGAAUACCUCUUCUCCCUCCAGGAUUACAACUCGGCCACGUGGUUCCAGAACUUCGUUGCCUCGAUCGCCGGUGCCUCUGCCUCCCUCGUCGUCUCCGCCCCUCUCGAUGUCAUUAAGACCCGUAUCCAGAACAGGAACUUUGAAAACCCCGAAAGCGGCUUCAGGAUUCUUUCCAACAUGGCUAAGCACGAAGGUUUCGGUAGCUUCUUCAAGGGUCUGGUACCCAAGCUUCUCAUGACUGGUCCUAAGCUCGUAUUUUCUUUCUGGUUGGCGCAAACACUUAUUCCCGCCUUCGAUAAGGCCCUCGCGAAAUAG